UGCGCCCCACCUCGUGCCCAACAGAAGGCAUAGGACGCCAGUCACUGUGUGAUUUACUCGUAAUGAUUGAUGCUGCCGUUUAUACCAUAUCCCCGUUACACCGCAGGCUACAUAGCACGGCAGUCGUGGUUAUUUUAGUAGACCUCUACAGGAAUAUGUUUUCCCUCUAAAUUCAGUUAACACACGAGCCUCUCCGCGCGCAGAGGCGACGCGGCGCUGCCUCCCGGUUGAACGGCGGCAGGACGAUGGCACUGCGUUGGACGGUCUCUCUGUAUCUGUCCUCGGUGGUCCAUUACGAGUUUAAUUAGCUGAUAACGUUAACAUACGUUUGACAUUUAAGACGGACGGAUGUGGGAACAACGAUAAACGCACCGCUCUGAUUAUGGAAAAGGAGUCCAGGUUUGAAGACCUCUGAUCAUAUUGGGUCCACGGCCAGCCAGGUGGCCAAUCAGGCGACAGCCAGGCUCACUGAGGAGGGAGACCAACAGUGAGACUGGAAGACCCUCUUACCCACACCCACACUGCUUCACCCAUCUCACCCCAUCGUCACUGCCAUGUCUUUACCCAGUGGCAGCCCAGAAAGAGAGGGCUCUAGUGGGGCUACCCCUGAGCUAGAGUGCCCUUCUUCUCCCCCUGGCAUGGACCCUGACCCCCCAUCAACAGGCAGCCCAGUGCUCAGCCCAGACUCAUCUUCCCAUGAUACACUGCUGUCAGCACCAGCAGCCUCCCCGGCAGACUCCGAGAACCUGAGCCCUGAAGAAUUGGAGCUGCUGGCCAAGCUGGAGGAGCAGAACAGGUUGCUGGAGGCUGAUUCCAAGUCCAUGCGGUCGAUGAGCGGUUCACGGCGCAACAGCGGCUCCUCGCUGGUGUCCAGCUCAUCGGCCUCGUCCAACCUGUCACACCUGGAGGAGGAUACCUGGAUUCUGUGGGGACGCAUCGUCAAUGAGUGGGAAGAGUGGAGACGCAAGAAGGACAAACUCCUGAAGGAGUUGAUCAGGAAGGGCAUCCCUCAUCAUUUCCGGGCCAUUGUCUGGCAGCUACUAGGCAACGCUACUGACAUGCCGGUGAAGAACCAGUACUCUGAGCUGCUAAAGAUGUCGUCCCCCUGCGAGAAACUCAUCCGCAGAGACAUUGCCCGCACCUACCCCGAGCAUGAGUUCUUCAAAGGCCAGGACAGCCUGGGGCAGGAAGUCCUCUUCAAUGUCAUGAAGGCUUACUCUCUGGUGGAUCGAGAGGUGGGCUACUGCCAAGGCAGUGCAUUCAUCGUUGGUCUGCUGCUUAUGCAGAUGCCAGAGGAAGAGGCGUUUUGUGUUUUUGUGCGUCUGAUGCAGGAGUACCGUCUGAGGGAGCUGUUCAAGCCCAGCAUGGCCGAGCUGGGCCUAUGCAUUUACCAGUUUGAGUAUUUGCUACAGGAGCAACUUCCAGAGCUGAACGUCCAUUUUCGAUCCCAGAGUUUCCACACAUCCAUGUAUGCCUCGUCCUGGUUCCUCACUCUUUUCCUCACCUUCCUCCCUUUGCCUGUCGCCACACGCAUCUUUGAUAUUUUCAUGUAUGAGGGCCUAGAGAUUAUCUUCCGUGUGGGCCUGGCCAUCCUGCAGUACAACCAGACUGACCUCAUUCAGCUAGACAUGGAGGGCAUGUCGCAGCAUUUCCAGAAAGUGAUCCCCCACCAGUUUGACAGCUGCCCAGACAAGCUGAUCCUCAGGGCCUACCAGGUCAAAUACAACCCCAAGAGGAUGAAGAAACUGGAGAAAGAAUAUACCGCAAUCAAGAACAAAGAAAUGGAGGAACAAAUUGAAAUCAAGAGGUUACGCACAGAAAACAGGCUGCUGAAGCAGAGAAUUGAGACGCUGGAGAAGGAGAGUGCCGCUCUGGCAGACAGACUGAUACAGGGUCAGGUGACGAGGGCGCAGGAAGCAGAGGAGAACUACGUGAUCAAACGGGAGCUGGCGGUGGUGAGGCAGCAGUGCAGCACAGCCAGCGAGAGCCUUGAGAAAGCACAGGACACCAUCAAAGAGCUGAAGCAACAGAAGUACACAGAGCAGUUUGUGAGCAAUCUGCAGACCCAGCUAGAGGAGUCGAGGCUGCGCGAGGCUGAACUGCUAGGAGCGUUGAAAGAAAUGCAAGACAAGGUCCUGGACCUUGAGAAGAGAAGCACUUGCCUGCCUGACGAGAACAACAUGGCAGCUCUGCAGGAGGAGGUGAAGCAGAUGAAGCUGAGGGAGCUGGAAACGCUGCGCUCAUUCAGAGAGAUGCAGGACACCGUCACUGAGCUCAACCAGCGCUGGCAGCAUCAUAUGUCCCGUGGCAGCAGCACAGGUGGUGGGGGAGGCCACUGGAAAGAGUCCCCAAAGAAGAAUGCCAUGAACGAGCUGCAGGACAAACUGAUGACGGUCAGACUAAGGGAGGCCCAGGCUCAGGCUGAGCUCCGAGAGGUCAAACUCAAAGCCCUGCAGCUGGAGAGCCAGAACCAGAUCCACAGCAAGCUGAUUGGUCGCAACGAUCAGGAACGCUCGGCCCUGCAGGACCGGCUCCAGAUGCUGGCUAAUCAGAACAAAGCUCUCCAGGCCCAGCUCAACGAGAUGAAAAGGAAGCAGGCCGAGUCUGACUGCAAGAGUAAAGAGGAGGUGAUGGCAGUGAGACUGAGGGAAGCAGACAGCAUGGCAGCCAUGGCUGAACUCAGGCAGAAGAUCGCUGAUCUCGAGAUACAGAAGGAGGAAGGUCUGAUCCAGGGCCAGUUGAAUCACUCAGACUCUAGACAGUACAUUAACGAGCUCCGGGAUCAAAUCACUGAGCUCAAGAACGAGAUCAGGCAGUUGCGAGGGCAGAAGGCGGCCCCCAGCUCCAGAGUCAGCAGUGGAGGUGGAUGUACCAACUACCAGGAUCUGUGUCUGGCCAGCCCCGCCUCCGCCGAGGGGGACUAUCUGAGCUCAGACGAGGACCUCCUCCCCAGCCCACUGCCUCCCAACGCUCUUUACCCCAGCCUGUCCGGCCCAUGUCACCCAUCUGCCCGCCUUGACAGCGAGGGCAGCACGGACAGCGAGGCAGAGGAGCGGGUUCUGACACAUCCAGACCCACAGCAGUUGUACGGCAGCAUGGUGUGCGCCGAGGCGCUAGAUAACUGAGACCUGGGGUUGUGCGGGUGUCAUUGGAUUUCUUUGAGCUAAAGAGACGCUGGCGCUCUAGAGGCCGGGACUGCUACUGUAAACUGGAGCUGUAUUAUCCAAACCAGUGCGCCACCUCGGCUUUUCCAGUGUUUACCUUUAUCUUGAUGCAGACAUAGUGGCAUUGAUUGGACCUUUUGUGAUCAUCACUUCCCGUUGUCUCACCAGUCCUGUAAGUGUCUUCAUCACCUUGUCCCCCACACUGUCAAUCCUGUGUUCCCUGUCAAAGAGGUAAUGUAAAGCCUCUCUCCUUGUUCCCACGUGUAACUGUGCCAGACGCCCUCUGAACACGAUCAUAUGACACACACACAAACAAAAUGGACUGAAACUGGACAAGCAAGACUAUUGUUGCCUCUCGCUGCUCAAGAUCGACCACUGAGCUUGAUCCUGUGACUGUGAACAAGGAGUGAGACAUGGGUAGACAGAAAAUAACUCUCUUCCUAUAAACGGAGUGAUAGACUGUGUCUACCCUUAUGUGACUCUCCUUUAUGAUUGGUUCAGAGUUGAAUACAUCUUUAUCCUCUCUUUUCCCUUUUUAUGCUCUCAAUAGAAAGACACGCACAAAAAACCAUCAGCCAGCCGUUUACCUCUCAGUGUUAAAGAGAAAAUGAGUGAGUACGAGAAGGAGAGGUGCAGUGUGGGGAUAUGUGCCCAUCAAACUAGGGAUAUCACAAGAUGGCGUUCAUUAACACUAUAACAUACUACAGUAAAUAUGUGUGUUGUCUGUCUGUGGCUUGUAGGUGACGAGAAGCCAAGUAAGUUAAUACAACAGCUCAUGUCAAAACACAUUCACCAUAACCCACAGGACAAGGAAGGAAGUAACUCAACAUUGCCAAAUCGUUUUGUUUUUUUUAAUUAUUUAUAUGUUAUAAUUUAUUUUGAUAUUUGUUUUAUUUUUUAUAUAUCUAUAUGAAACUAUUAGGAGUGUAGAGGUACUGUCAGAGGCUGAACGUUCUACCCCGUCCUUUGUGCCAACUAUUUGUCUGUUACAGGUUUACUUUGACAUUGAGUGUUUCAGAGACGGAAAAUGUGCUGCUAUGAUUUUCAGUUUACUUCUUCCAUUUUGUUCAUUCUGUUCUUUUUUUGUUAUCUUUGUGAGGUUAACAUGCAACCUCCUGUUUACUGCCAUAGAUUAGAUUGACAGUUACUGUGCAGACUGAUCCAAUCUGAAAACUGUUUAACUUGAUUCCUCCCUGGAGCUUCAUUUUACAUUUAGCAUUGAUGGGAACAAUUUGGUUUUGUUUUAAAACCAAGAAUGAUCAUUGGUUUUGUGUGAGUUAAAGGAAUAGUUUGACACUCUAGGACAUGUAUUUGCUUUCAUGCUUAGAGUUAGAUGAGAAGAUUGACACUGAUCUCCUAUCUGUCAAAUAGGACCCACAGACAGGAGGAGAUAGUUAGCUUAGCUUAGCUGGGCAUAGUGACUUCCUAUGCACAGGCAAGAAAACGUCCAGCAAGUAGACUGUUUUUUUUACAGUUUUUGAACAUAACUAAGUAACUGAAUUGUGGCCACAGGUGGUACAUGUCUCAUUGGAAACGCUAAAAGAACAUCAGCACAAGUAGAAGAGGAUCAUAAAGUCAGUGAUCUGACAGUUACAACUAGAAAUACAAUGCAAUAAUAUCUACCUAAGUUUUGCUAGCGUUAGCUUAGCAUUACAAGCAACUAGUCAUACCACAUCAAGUGAGGCUGUAGCAGCUAGUAAAAACCCUGAGAGUAUCGAAUUGGGCAAAAGUUAGCCCUAAUUUGUUAUUUUCCCUUUCAAAAGUGACAUUGUUUUUUAGUUGUGUUAUACAAACAACAUACAUCUCCCAGCUGUAGCUUCAUAUUGAACAGACAGACAUGAGAGAGGUGUCAGUCCUCUCCCAAACAUCAAACAGUUCCUUUAAUAAUCAGUCCAGGUAAUAGUGCUGAUCUGGAAUCACCAGGUCUGUGCAUUAUAUCCCUUUUUGACAGCUAAAACAGCAGCAUGUGGGCCAAUGAAAGUGGAGAGAGUAGUUUAUAUCAUAAGGUGGCCAACUGAGAGUGUAUGGGUGGGAAAUAUUUUACAUAUCAAACAUUAAUAUAUUCUGUGUAGAAAAAAGGGUGUAAAAUUAAUGGAGAGAUAUGCAAUAUGCGUUGUAACAGGAACAAAGGUAUAUGGAUAGGAUUUAAAGCUGUAUCACUGUCAGUCAAGUGUCUUACUGAAGAUGGUGAGUGUGUGUAUAGUUUUAUCAAACAGGGUGCCAUAUGUAAAGCAGUAAUCUGCUUUUUGCACUACCAGGAAAGAGGAAGUAUCUGCUCAUGUUAUUAAGCAGUGAGAGAUGGUGGGGGUGAAUGGAUUCAUGGUAGGAUCAUUUAUUAUUUUAUUCACAUCUUUAGAGGGACCGUGACAUUAUCUAAGUACUUUGCUCCAAGAUUAUCCAUCCUGACUUUGUUUUGUGCUUCAUGGUUCUUUAGACUGAUGUUGAAGGAUUUUCUCUAAAGGCCCGCUUUUAUGUGCAUUACAAAUGAAGGACUAGUAAAGGAGAGAAUCAUUGCCGUGUUUUAAGAAAUAAGGAAAUUGGAUCUUCCAGAAAUGGCCAUCAAAAAGCUAAAGAGGAUGUUGGUUUGCCCACCAUACUGUUGCAAAUAACAGCCUUUUAGUGGUCAUUGCUGGGUGUAGCAACUGAAAUCUCUACACUGAAAUCAGUGUUUGGAUAUCAUCAGACCAAAUGAGCAUUGUACAAAUGGUUUUAGUUGUGUUUCUCCUAGUUCUUAAUAUGUACAGGCUGGCAUCGGCUCUGUUGAGCAUGAAAUUUAGGGCCUUUCUACUUGGGAUCAAAACUGGCUGAAUUUUUCACUUGAAGCUAUUGUCAAUCUAACCUCAUUCAUUUUUAUCAUAUGUAUCUAUUCAAGGCCUUUACAUUCUGUACUUGCCUUUCCAUAUAGUAGUCUUCGCUGUUACUGGUGGUGCCCGUCUUUCCCUUGUGGGAUUUAAAGGAUUUACAGUGAAAAGAUAAAUUUAUGUACUGGACAUGAUGGAGAAGACAUGAACUGGUGCAUGCAUGCUUUUCAUGUACAGCAAUGCAAAAGGCAACAUUGGAUCAUGAGUCAAAAAACAUUGUUUACUGUCUUCUGUAAGGUGCCAGUAUACUUUAUAUUGCUCAAAGGUUGGUCGAAUAGCUUUGGAAACCCUUUCCCACUGCAGCGCCCCGACGUCUGACCAGGGGUGACGUUGUGUCCAACAAUUUCCGUAACUCUUUAAAACCGACGAGGCCAACAUUCACAUCCACUUCAUGCUGUGAUUGGCCAGCUGUGCAGUGGUGAGAAAAGUAAACUAUUUUGGUUCCUUUUGAUUUGAUUUGUACACACAUAAAAUAUCACGUUUCCCUGUCUUUAUGACGUCAGGAUUUUCAAGGGUGGCUAUUUGAAGCAGCUAUAAACAAUUGCCUUCCAACGUGAUCAGACAACACAUUUUGCUACUUCUCUUCAAGCAUAACUUCAUCUUUAGUAUUCAUUAUCAAAACAUUGUCAAGCGGUAAAUCCUCUCUGCCCAUGAUUUGGUUGGCUGCUCUGUAAACAUAUUUACAUGUUGUUGCAUUUCGGACAGAGUAACUAACCACUCCAAGCAUGGUUCAAAUUGAUCUCGGAGAGCCGUAUUAUUAAAAUGCAUCUGUCAUUCUUACCGCUAACCAAGGGUGUUGCCCACCACAGCUGACAUUUUAAUGACUAUAACUUAACUUAUAAACUAAUUGUGGGAAGCCUUCAUCCAAAAUGAACCCUAAUCUGGACUCAGAUCAGUGCUCCAUGUCCUUCAACACAAAACAUGAUGGUGCUCUUUUCUCGCCACCGUCUAAAUACAACUCUAUCUACUGUGACAAAAUAUUUUGAUAUGUUUGUAAAUUACUUUUGAAUAUGGUACUAGCUCUCAUCCUUAAUAUAAUUUUAAUAAUUACCAUAAGUACUUUGAUUUCUAAUGCUAACAGCAUUACAUCAUACAAUAAUGAUUAAACAUAAUGUGCCAUAAUGGUAGGUAGAUUUACACACUAUGCUAAACCAUUUUAUGUAUGUUCAAUGGUGGGUUGAUCCAACAAGUCAGUCAGUACAUCCCUUCAUUAAACAGCCAUGUAAUAUAAAGUCAAUUUUGUGUGGACUGAAAUACGAUGACACUGUGUUGCUCCAGAUAUAUCAUCUUGAAACUGGAACAUCCACACCUUUUUCCUGAUUUAAAGUGGGGAAUUAGACAACGCAGUGCAAAACAAUGGGUCACAGAUGGGCUUUUCCUCACAGACCGUGUUCCUCCGGGUUAGUCUGGUGUAGGAUUUCUCAGAUGUAUGUACUGUGUGUGACGGCUGUUGGUUAUCCACAGCAUCAUACCCAAAAACUUGACCACCCUCUCUCUUUCUGUCUUGCAAUUCAACUGAUGUUAUCAAAUAUAUUAAAUGACAGUACAGAUUAAAUAAAUUCCCGUAUGAUGGGGAAAAAAUGCAUUUCAGUGUUCUGUAUCCUUGGAAUGACACAAAAUAAACUUUGACAUUGCACCUUU